CACUGCAAGUUUCAAGGAGUCGGAGAUUUCGAGUCUAGAAAAUGUAGCUGGACUACUAUAAAAAAGGCUGAUGCCACUGCACCAAAAACUUACCAGUAUCUCGAUCCUCGUCGCCAUCAAACACCAAAAUGUACACACUCGCAAGUCUCACUACUCUUGCCCUUCUUGGGCUCGCCAACGCGCAGUCCAACAUCGGCUUCGGCCCUGCGUUCUCUCUCGGUCCUACCCAGUCAUGGAUCCGUGAAGCAAACACCACUCUCGUGCUUCCCGAAAUCCCAAGCAAGGAAGUUGAUCGACUCGCUCUCUGGCCUGGAAUGGGAACCAGUGGCGGUGACUUGAUCCAGGCCCUCGCUGUUUCUUUCUCAGACCCAAAUGCGAAUUGCGGCGCUAGCGCUGGGCAGUGGUGUACGUGGGCUAGUACGCUUCAGGGACAGCAACUCGGAGGCAAGGAAGUUCCUGCCAACCCUGGCGAUGAGCUUGUCAUGCAUUACGAGUACAACGAUGACACCAGCAAAUAUGACCAGACCGUCUCCAUCAACGGAGAGGUCGUCUCAAGCCUCUCGACCGGCUGGGGUACAGCCGUCGAAUGCCAGGAUGACGCCUGCGAAAACAACCGCGUUGCUGCGCACCAAUACAAGUCGACCACUAUCGUCCUCGACUCCGCUGACUCUUCGUUCAAGGACACGCUUGUCCUCACGGAGGCCGACUCGUCGGACUUUACUACUAACGACAACGGCAAGACUUGGACUGUCGAGACUAUUAACAUCCAUGCGCACACUUACAAUCUCUAAGGGGGGUUGAUGUCUCCGUUGAUAUAGGGUAUAUUUUUGUUUGUGCAUAGAGGGCGUUGUCAGGACUACGUGAAUAUAGUCAGACUGUGCCUGGUUGCA